GCAAGGUUAGCUGACAAAAGAAAUGGCAAAGCGAUGUGGCUUGGAGAGAUGGGGCUGGGGGUCUGUUAGAAGGGUUUGACUUGCAUUGGGUUCCCUGGAUUCCAUCUCUGGACACCCCAGACCCGCCAGAAGCCGGGGGGAACCGUUAAGCACCGCCAGGUUCCUGGGAGUUGCUUAUUUGAAGAACAAUGAAGUCAUACUGUGCUGUUAUGCUUACUCUAGCUGUCCUGGUGUUCCUGCCAUGGGUUCCUCUGUCACUGAGUUGUAACAAAGCACUCUGUGCUAGUGAUGUGAGCAAGUGUCUCAUUCAGGAGCUCUGCCAGUGCCGGCCGGGAGAAGGAAACUGCUCGUGCUGCAAGGAGUGCAUGCUGUGCCUGGGGACGCUGUGGGACGAGUGCUGCGACUGUGUGGGUAUGUGCAAUCCUCGGAACUACAGUGACACACCUCCGACAUCUAAGAGCACCGUGGAGGAGCUCCAUGAGCCGAUCCCGUCCCUCUUCCGGGCGCUCACAGAAGGAGACACGCAGUUGAACUGGAACAUCGUUUCCUUCCCAGUUGCAGAAGAACUCUCCCACCAUGAGAAUCUGGUGUCCUUUCUAGAAACUGUGAACCAGCCACACCACCAGAAUGUGUCUGUUCCCAGCAAUAACGUGCAUGCACCUUAUUCCAGUGACAAAGAACACAUGUGCACUGUGGUCUACUUUGAUGAUUGUAUGUCCAUUCAUCAGUGCAAAAUAUCCUGUGAGUCCAUGGGGGCAUCCAAAUAUCGCUGGUUCCAUAAUGCCUGCUGCGAGUGCAUUGGUCCAGAAUGUAUCGACUAUGGAAGUAAAACUGUCAAAUGUAUGAACUGCAUGUUUUAAAGAAGAAAAAAAAGACUAGUAAACCAAAGAAUUCAAAUCAAGAAAGGUAUGAAAUGCCAAUAGUAAGGUCUAGAUCUACAGGUUGCUUGAGAAUGCUAGCAGGUUAAGAAGAUGAAAGCAUUUGGGCUGGGCUCCUUUUACAGUAUGACAUAUAAUAAGUUGCUAAAUAGUGAUUUAUAAGAUCAAAAAGAUCUUUCUGGUUUCACUGCUUGUCAGCAAUAUGUCCUUUCCCUUACCCCCAUGUAGGAUUUUGGUCAGAUGGGUAUUCAGUGCACAGAGAAUCCCUUAAAAGAUCUAAUGUUUCUAACAUAAAGCCUUUUGUCAUGUUCUAGCUUUCCAAAGGCUUCCGUUUGAAGCACGCUGUCAUAAGUUAUGGCUCCUUUAUGUAUUGCUCCUAUGACAUUAAGUUUUUACAAAUGUAUGCCAUUCUUCAUGCUGCUUUUUAUUUUUGUCUGUUCCAUCAAUGGAAUAGCCAUUCAGAUAUAUCACCUGA